ACAAGGCUUUCCUCGCUCCCUCGGAGAGAGCUAGCCACAGAGAUGAAUGACACGGUGACCAGAACCAGGAAGUUCAUGACUAAUAGACUGCUUCAGCGUAAGCAGAUGGUGAUUAAUGUUCUUCAUCCUGGAAAGGCCACAGUUCCCAAAACUGAAAUCAGGGAAAAGCUAGCAAAAAUGUACAAAACAACACCAGAUGUCAUUUUCGUCUUUGGCUUCAGAACCCAUUUUGGUGGUGGCAAGACGACAGGCUUUGGCAUGAUUUAUGAUUCCCUUGACUAUGCAAAGAAGAAUGAACCAAAGCACAGACUGGCCAGGCAUGGCUUGUAUGAAAAGAAGAAGACUUCAAGAAAACAGCAAAAGGAGCGGAAGAACAGAAUGAAGAAAGUCAGGGGCACAGCCAAGGCAAAUGUUGGUGCUGGCAAGAAGUGAGCUGGCAAA